CAUUCAUGUGCUGCUGAGCCAGAGGAGCUGAAGAUGAAGAGCAGGCUGUCUCUGGCGGCGGCGGCGGCCCUCCUGGCACUGCUGCUGUCCUCCUCUCAGGCCCAGGACCAAGGUAAAACCGAUCCUCCUCCUCUUUCUCCUCUCUGUGAUCCAACUUCACUGGCUUCCAACUCCUCUCACCUCUGUCUUUUCUCUGCCUGCAAAUUUGUAGCUGCAUAUUCAGCCUGAAUAAAGAAAUGUCACAGUGAAAACAAAUGUGUACUUGUGAUUUGAUUUGUUGUAACUGAUUUUUGCCUUUUCAGCCUCAGUUUCAACCGUUUUAGUGAUGGUUUUCUUUGCUACAAUAUUCUGCUUUUCCAUCAGGAAUUUCUUCUUUUAGAAAAAAACUGUUUGCAAAUUUAAAUAUCUGGUUUAAAUUUAUGGAUGCAAGCUUUUUUCAAGACAGUUUUUAAGCACUUUAAGGAAAGUAUGCAACUUGCUAGAAGCAUUGAUGCAUUAGAAUGUGGCUGUAAGUUAGUGAUGAAGCCACAAUAUGAAGAGAAAACCAGUUAAAAUGUUAGAAAAACUUUGCUUUUAUCACUAAAAGAUAAUAAAACUGAAAUGGUCUAGUUCUUCUUCUUCAAUCUUUAGCAAUAAAUGGCAGUAAACCGUCUUAAAAAAGGAGAAAAACUAACACUGAAGAGCAGCUUUUUUAGUUUUACUGCAUCUCCUCUGAGGCUGUUGGAUAAGUAGGGCAUCUCCUCAUCCUCAGACAGAUGUAGUUUGGUCUCUCCUACACCAGGAGGGGCCCUUGCUCAAACUCUCCGACAGUCCGUUACUACAGAUUACAUUUCUGCAGUUUCAAAAAUGAAGAAAAAAAUGAAAAAGCUGGGACGGCGCGCGGCCAAGUUUCCUCCCUACGUCCUUUCUCCUGAUGGAAACGGAAAGACAAAAUAUGAGUUUCACAUUAUUUUCCAGAGGUUUUAGAGGUUAGGAGAGGAGAAAAUUGGCUCUAUUGCAUCCCUGGAUUCUCUCAGAUUAGGAGAAGGAGAAGAAGAAGAAAGUGCAGCGAAGAAUCUUCCUCCUCUCUCCUUCAAGGAGAGGUUCUGACCUGCAGUGACCCUCCCUCUUUAAAGUCCCAGUGGGAGCCCUUGCUGCCUUUCCAGGGGUCACUGCACAGUAAUGGGGUCAUAUAUACUCUGCUGUGAGGAAUAGUUUGGCAUGUUGGGGCCAAAGUUAAAGCCUCCAGCACCUUGAAGAUACAAUAAAGGACUCCAAAGUGAAAGGACUCAGCUCUAAACUCACACAUUUUAAGUGAAUAAAUGCAGUUUAAAACUGAGCCCUUGAUGUUAAAAGCUUUAAAGAAAAGCUUUAAAAUGUGGAUGUGAGUGUGGAUGGAUGGUGUGUGUCGCUGGAGUUUUUCGGGUAGUUUUUGGCUGCAGUAGACCCGUUUGGAAACAGAAGCAGCAGCCCGCCGCCCUUGAAUUGAUUCACCAGGUUGGUGGUUCCUCCAUUUUUGACGUCCUGUAACCCUAUCGGUCAAGCCUCGACCAGGUCUGCUGACCACAGUCUUGGCUUCACGACAAUAUUUUACAGUGAUAUUCUUCACUUCAACACUAACAGACAAACUGGUUGGUGGUAUAAAAUACAUGCUAAUCCUUCCUCUCUAGCUAGAUUAUCUGUGACUUGUUUGUUUCUUAGUUUAGCUGCAGAGGUUUUUACAAGAAAUCUUCAUAAACUCUGGAGCUCAGAUUACCUGCCGCAAACAUGUGAGGAUUACCUUGAAUAGCAUGUAAAGAUUAAGAAUUAGACGCACUGAAGUAACAUGACCACUUGUUUGUAAUGUAAAGUUGUUUGAUCAUGUUUCAGUUCAGGCUAAGUCGGCUCAGCUUAGUCUGCAGAUAUUAUGCAUUUUUCUUACUGUCAGUAAAUUCCGUGAAAAGGCUCAAACCAACAGUGAAUGUAUCUGCCAUAGAGCUACAUUUUUACCCAUAAACUAUUAAAAACAUCACUGUUGCACUGAGUAACAUGUUUUUUUUAUUAUGACAAACACAUGCACUAUGUAUUUUAUGUAACUCAGUCUUUACUGUCCUGCUGCCUCAAAGACUUACUGCAGAACCAAAUGUGGAUUCAUCCAAGACUGAAAAUCCUCCUGUAUCUUUACUAAAAACUAUAGUGAGCAGCUGUUUUAGGAAGUUACGAUGCUUUAUUUUGAAAUUCAACUCUAUGGGACCUUUUUAUGGGAUUUACUGACAAUAAGGAAUAUAUAGAAAAUGUCAUCAGCAUUUAAUAAGGAAGAAAGUCAACAAAAAUGUGAAUGAAAGUGCACAAAUCCUCUUAAUCUCAUUUCAAAGCACAAUGUAAACCUAAACUCGUAAGCUGAUCGCAUCAUUAACUAGUAGCUUGUUUAAUUUUAGAUCUCAUAGAUAUUUUCUACUCUUAUUAAACUUGAAUGUCUUCUUAAAGUAAGUCUGCACCAUUACGAUAGCAUACAAAUUUAUCGUAUUAUAUAACAAGCUAGGAACGGCACAUAGACUAUGACGAUCUCUACCCCAACCUGAAGAAUAUCAUUUUAAAAUAUUCUUUAUAAAACAAUCUGUGGUCCUGUGUGUACAUGGAAACUUUUUGUCCGUUACUCCAAGUUGUUGUAAACAACUUUUCAUGUACACAUGCAUGAUCGUCCAUGUCAGUGAUCACAUUUUAUUGUUCCUUUUGUUUCUUUGUCGUCACAAAGACCAGUGGUUCAACAUCCUGAGUUGGAUUGAGGCCAUGGAGAGUCUACUGGAUGUCAUUCAGUCCAUGUUCUAGUCUGUUGACAGGAGGGGAACGUUUUACCUCUAUUAAGUGACUGGUGAUUUCCACAAUUUACAGACUUACACCACUUCACCAGCCAAAGUGACCUGUAGGAAGCAAGAACAGGCCAUAAAUAUACACCUAUUUACAAGCAGCUAGAUGACUGUUAAAACCACUGAGUUUAUUUAUAGCAUUGAAAUGUCCAAUACAAAUAUAAACUAUUUGGAUUUAUGUGGUUUAAAUUCCCAUCCUUGCAUUUCUACAAACUCAGUUUCUCUGCAAGAUCACUAUUUCAACAAAAAUUCUAAUAAACUGAAGUGAAGUUAGUCAGACAAAACUGUCCUUUAUAGUUUAAGCCAUAACUUCACGACUGGGUCAGACUACAGCAUGACUGGACAGUGGGUUGAUUGAUUGAUUGUUGCACAUUGAAUGCGCCAUUGGUGUUUUGGUGCCUUAAUUUCACCAAUCCAUUGUAAGCAACUAAACUUUUAAAUCCUAAAAUGACUAGAUGUAUCUGAGCCAUUGAGUUUUUGACAUUGGACAUUUUGAUUUUCCGUUGUUUUGUCAACCAAAAUUGCAAAAAAAAAAAGUAUUCCAAGAUGGGCGUUCAAAACACAUUAUUCAGAAAGAUGUUUUCCAGAGUAACUUUUCUCACAGCUAUAAAUCCAGCAGUAUUAAAAUCUCAUUCAUUAACUCGUGAUUCUAACUAAAUGUGGAUCAUAAUUGGUUUUAAUAAAACUUAGUUUGGCCUUUGUUGGCUUCCGUAACCCUGAUCACAGCCAAAAUUCACCAAAGUUUCCAAACUCCCACCCUGUUUGUGUUUCCCUAUAGACGUUCUAAACUGUGUGAAGGUAGUGUUGUGUUGUUGUGUUGUUGUGUUGUUGUCGUCUCAGUGUUUUGUUGCUUGAGUCGUUGACUGUGGCUGCUGGCCACACGAGCUCAAACGGAGGUCAUUUUUCUUUUUCCAUAAAAUGGCUUUCCUCACAUGUGUAAUUUGGUUUUGUCUUGUGUUGUUUGUUCCAACAGUGAACUUGUCUAACUUCAUCCUGGAAGUGUUGACUGUUGGGAAGACACCUUUGUAUUCAGCAUUUCCAUACAUAUACCUCCCAAAGCUGGAGGAUUAACUGUGCUGAUGUUCUGUCUUCACAGUGGACGCUCCGUCAGAUUUGAGGUUUAAGAUUUUAAAUGAAAAUACAGUACAAAUGAUCUGGAGCAGACCGCGGUCGAGGAUACAAGGCUACAGAAUACAAGUGACCUCAGACACAGGGGAACCAACAAAAGAAUUUACUCUGCCUGCAUCUGCGACUAAGACCUCCAUCUCAGACCUGAGUCCAGAUGUGGAUUAUGUCGUAACAAUAGUAGCGUAUGCCGGAUCAGAGGAGAGUUUGCCCAUCUCCGGCCAGAUCACAAUCGAGUCAAGUGGCAGCGUGAGAGGAACAUCCAAGAAACCAGACCCUUCAGAUUUAGUCAAAUGCUCUGCGAGCGCCAUCGCCGAUGUGGUGUUUUUGGUGGACGGCUCCUGGAGCGUCGGCAGGCCGAACUUCAAAUACAUCCGUAACUUUAUGUCAGCAACAGCCGGAGCGUUUCAGAUUAGUGCCGAUGGAACCCGGGUUGGUGUGGUCCAAUACAGCGACGACGCCCGAACUGAGUUCAAGCUGAAUGAACACCCGAGUCGACCGACAUUGCUGCGGGCCAUCGGAUCACUGCCGUACAAAGGAGGCAACAGCAUGACUGGCGACGCCCUUGACUACCUGCUGAAAAGUACUUUCACUGAGGCGGCCGGUGCCAGAAAGGGUUUUCCCAAAGUGCUGGUGAUCAUCACAGAUGGCAAAUCUGAGGAUCCAGUGGAGCUUUAUGCAAAGCAGCUCAGGAGCAGGGGGGUGGAGAUCUUUGUUCUCGGUAUCCAGCAGGCUGAUGAAAACGAGAUGAAGCUAAUGGCCUCCACCCCUUACAGAAGCCACGUCUAUUCUGUUGCUACCUUCGACAUGAUCAAGAAUGUGCAGAAGGAGCUCAUUACUCAGGUGUGCGCCAGUGUUGAAGAUCAAGUCAACUCGCUUGUCAGUGGAGAGGAAGUCGUUGAGCCAGCUUCUAACCUCCGAGUCCUGGAGGUGGCAUCCAAGUCCAUGCGGCUCACCUGGGACGCCUCCAUAGGAGACAUUUCCAGAUACAAAAUUGAGAUGAUCCCCAUGAUGACCGGCAGUAAGCGGCAGGAUCUGUACGUGGGUCCAACUCAGACCUCAGUGGUGGCCAGAGAGCUUUCUCCAGACACAGAGUACCAGAUCAGUCUGUUUGCCAUGAAGGACCUCACACCCAGCGAGCCCAUCACCGUCAUGCAGAGGACGCAGCCAGUUCAAGUCUCACUAGAGUGUUCGCUUGGCGUGGAUGUGCAGGCUGAUGUUGUCCUCCUGGUUGAUGGAUCCUACAGCAUUGGUCUGUCCAACUUUGCUAAAGUGAGAGCUUUCCUCGAGGUGUUGGUAAACACCUUUGACAUUGGGCCGAAUAAGGUUCAGAUCAGUUUGGUCCAGUACAGCAGGGACCCUCACACUGAGUUCUACCUCAAUACGCAUCACGAUCUGAAUGCUGUGGUCAAGGCUGUGAGGACUUUCCCAUAUCGUGGUGGCUCCACCAACACCGGCAGGGCCAUGAAAUACGUGAGGGAGAGGAUCUUCCAGGCCAGCAAAGGUGCACGUGCCAACGUUCCCCGUGUCACCAUCCUCAUCACCGAUGGAAAAUCAUCCGACGCGUUCCGGGAACCGGCCACCCAGCUGAGGAACUCUGAUGUGGAGAUCUUCGCCGUGGGCGUUAAGGAUGCUGUACGAAGUGAGCUCGAGGCCAUUGCCAAUACACCUUCAGAGACCCAUGUGUACACCGUAGAAGACUUUGAUGCCUUCCAGAGAAUUUCCAAAGAACUCACACAAUCCAUCUGCCUGAGGAUUGAGCAGGAACUCCGCAAGAUCUUCCAAAGGCAACUGAUCCAACCAAAGUCCCUGUCCUUCUCAGAGAUCACCCCCAGAAGCUUCAGAGCUUCAUGGGCGAUAGAUGCCAACAACGUCGAGUCCUUUGUUGUUCAGUUCAGGCCAGCAGGUGACGCCGAUGCCAGUUAUAUGUCCAUGUCCGUGCCUGGGGACAGCCUCAGUACCAUCCUUCCCUACCUCACCCCUCUCACCCGCUAUGAAGUCAGCGUUUAUGCCCAUUAUGAAAAAGGGGAGAGCUUGCCUUUGACCGACUAUGAGACCACCUUAGAAGAACUAGGCUCUGUGCGCAACUUAAGAGUAUCUGAAGAGACAACGGAGAGCUUCAGAGUGUCGUGGCAGCCAGCUCCAGGAGACGUCACUCGCUACAGACUAGCCUACAAAUCAGUUAGAGAUGGCAGCUCAUGGAUGGAGACAACCACCUUGGGUACAGAGACAACAGCUGUGCUGCAGGAGCUUCAGCCCAAAACCACCUACCUGGUCAUUGUCACUCCUGAAUACCAGUCCGGCUCUGGAGUGCCGCUGCAGACUGAAGGCACCACCAAAGAAGCGGCGGGCCCUCCUAAAGACCUCAUCACCAGCGAUGUAACUGACAGCAGCUUUGCAGUGUCCUGGACAGCAGCUCCUGGGAACGUGGAGACGUAUCGAGUUCGAUGGAAAUCACUGUUUUCUGAGGAGGCUGGAGAGAAAACUGUGCCAGGACAUGUGACAAACACCGUGCUGGAAGGUCUGAAUCCUGAGACGCUUUACCAAGUCUCGGUGGUCGCCGCCUACAGUUACAAAGACAGCGACCCACUCACUGGACAGGAAACCACUGAUGCCUCUGCUGCUGCUAAAAGUCUGACUGUGUCGGAUGAGACUGAGCGAACCAUGAAAGUCACAUGGAUGCCUGCACCAGGCAAGGUGACCAACUACCGGCUGAAGCAUAGUCCCAGAGGUGGAGGCAAAGAAGUGGUUCUAAAGAUACCAGGGGCCGUCACUUCCACCGUCCUGAAAAACCUGCAGCCCAUGACCACUUACGAUAUCACUGUUCUGCCCAUCUACAAGCGCAGGGAAGGAAAAGCAAGGCAAGGAGUAGGAACGACACUGUCACCCUUUAAGGCUCCCAGGAACCUCCAGACCUCAGAGCCUACCAAGACCAGUUUCAGAGUCACUUGGGAUCCAGCACCCGGUGACGUCAGAGGCUACAAAGUGACCUUUCACCCCACCGGGAAUGAUGUUGACCUGGAGGAGCUCAGGGUUGGACCCUAUGAUAACACAGUUGUUUUAGAGGAACUAAGGGCAGGAACAAAGUACUCUGUUGCUGUUUUUGGGAUGUUUGAUGGAGGGGAGAGUUUGCCUCUUGCAGGAGAGGAGAAGACAACCCUCGUUGAGGAUCCUGAACCACCUCCUCUUGAUCGUUCUGACACUCAGUGUAAGACCACAGCGAAGGCUGACAUCGUGCUGCUGGUCGAUGGCUCCUGGAGCAUCGGCCGUAUCAACUUCAAAACCAUCCGCAACUUCAUCGCUCGUAUGGUCAGCGUGUUUGACAUCGGCGUUGAGAGAGUCCAGAUUGGUCUGGCUCAGUACAGUGGAGACCCAAAGACCGAAUGGCACCUGAACGCCCACCCGACCAAACAGUCUCUGCUGAAUGCCAUCGCCAACCUGCCAUAUAAAGGAGGAAACACCAUGACGGGAAUGGCUCUGAACUACAUCCUCCAGAACAACUUCAAAGAAAACGUUGGGAUGCGUCCAGACUCCCGGAAAAUUGGUGUCCUGAUCACUGACGGAAAGUCACAGGAUGAAAUCGUUUACAACUCCCAGAACCUGAGAGACAACGGCAUCGAGCUCUACGCUAUCGGUGUGAAGAACGCUGACGAGAAUGAGCUGAGGUCCAUCGCCUCCGACCCAGAUGAGAUUCACAUGUACAAUGUCAACGACUUCCAGUUCAUGGUGGACAUCGUUGACGACCUCACCAUUAACCUGUGUAACAGUGUCAAGGGCUCCGAUGCAGGACCGGAGGCGCCCACCAACCUGGUGACCUCGGAGGUGACCCACCAAUCCUUCCGUGCCACCUGGACGGCACCCGACGGUCCUGUAGACCAGUACCGCAUCACUUACAUGGUGGUGGCUGGAGGACCCACCCAGGAGCUGAUGGUCGAUGGGGCCGUGACCACCGUGGUGCUGGAAAACCUGACCCCUCUGACCGAGUACCUCGUCAAUGUUUAUGCCUUGGUUGGUGAGGAGACCAGCGAGCCUCUGAAGGGCAUCGAGACCACCCUACCGCUGGCUGCAGUGAAGAACAUGAAUGUUUAUGAUGAGACCACAAGCACCAUGAGGGUGAACUGGGAGGCGGCGUCUGGUGCUACAGGCUACAUGUUGCUGUACAAACCCAUCAACGCCACAGAGGACCAGCUGGAGAGAGAGGUUCGUGUUGCAGGAGAUGUAACAAGCACCCAGCUGGUGCAGCUGAUACCCAACACAGCGUACUCCAUCGCAGUUUACGCCCUGUACGGUGAAACUGCCAGCGAACCUCUGGAGGGAAGAGGAGUCACCUUGCCCGUACUUCCUGCAGGCGUCCUGAGAAUCACUGAUGUGACUCACAGCACCAUGAGGCUCAACUGGGACGCUGCACCUGGAGCGGUCCGCAAAUACAUGAUCACCUACAAACCAGAGGAGGGAGACCUGAAAGAGGCUGAGGUCAACGGAGAUGUCACCACCCUGGUGCUGACCAGCCUCAUUUCCCAGACUGAGUACGACGUGGCCGUGACCCCGAUAUACGAUGAGGGACCUGGAGCCCCGAUGCUCGGAACCGCCAUCACAGAUGUUGUCCCUGCUCCCAAGAACCUGCAGUUCUCUGAGGAGACCCAGACCUCCUUCAGAGCCACCUGGGAGCACGGAGCCCCGGAUGUGGCCCUCUACCGCAUCGGCUGGACCAAGAAGGGAGAGAACAGCUACCAGUUUGCCAUCCUAAACAGUGAUGAGACCACCCACGUUCUGGAGAACUUGGACCCUGACACUGACUACACUGUCACCGUCACUGCUAUCUACCCAGACGAAUCUGAGAGUGAAGACUUGAUGGGAAGCGACCGUACAUUGUUAACGCCUCCAGUGGUGGCCUCUGAGCCUCCCAGAAACCUGAGGGUCAUCAACGCCACCACCACCACUCUGACCGCCAAGUGGGAGCACGCCCCGGGCCGUGGCACCGUCCAGAACUACAGGAUCACUUACAGGCCUGCCGCUGGAGGCGAGCCUGUCACGACGCAGGUCGGUGGGAAGAAGACGAGCGCCGUCCUGCAGAAGCUGGAGCCCGACACUCCGUACACCGUCAGCGUUGCAGCCGUGUACGCCACGGCGGUCAGCACAGACAUCUCUGCAGAUGGAAAAACUAAGCCUCUGGGUGGAGUGAGGAAUCUGCAGGUGUUGAACCCGACCAUGACCACCCUGAACGUGCGCUGGGAGCCAGCUGAGGGCCGAGUGAAGGAGUACAAAGUCCUCUAUGUUCCUGCCGCCGGAGGAGCUGAGAGCAUGGAAACAGUGUCAGCAGGCACGACCACAACCGUCCUGCGAGGCCUGCAGCCCGAUACUCUCUACACUGUCUCCCUGGUGCCAGUUUACGCUGCAGGAGAUGGAAAGAUGAUGUCUGAAAACGGAAAGACAAGGCCUUUGGGAGGAGUGAAGGGCUUGAUUUUGAAGGACCCCACGAUGACGUCUCUGACUGCGGACUGGCAGCCAGCUGACGGAGCUGUUCGCCUCUACAAGGUCUUCUAUGUGCCGACUGCUGGCGGGCGAGAGGAGAUGGAACAAGUCCCUGCAAGCACCACCACCAUCAUCCUCAGGAACUUGAUGCCCGAUACACAGUACACAGUGUCAGUGUUACCUGUGUACCCUGCCAGGGAAGGAAAACGUCUGUCUGAGGAUGGAAAGACAUUGCCUCUGGGUGGAGUGGCUGGAAUGAGGGUGACCAAUCCAACCAUUACCACACUCACUGUAAACUGGGAUCCUGCUGAUGGCAAUGUUCAGGGCUACAAAGUGAUCUACGUUCCUGUAGAUGGUGGACUGGAAAUUGUGGAGCAAGUGUCAGAGAGCACCACCUCCACCAUCCUGGAUAAACUCCUGCCAGACACCCGCUACACCGUCACCGUGGUGCCCGUCUACGCAGAGGGAGAUGGACCAACCCUGUCUGACACCGGCAAGACAAAGCCGCUGGGUUUCGUGAGGAACCUGAUGGUUACCGAUCCCACCACCAGCACCUUGAAUGUCCGCUGGGAGCCCCCAGAGGGAAACGUACGCGAAUAUAUUGUGAUCUGGGUCCCGGCUGCUGGAGGAGACCAGGAUGUGGACUCAGUUUCUGGCACCACCACUUCCACUGUCCUGAAGAACCUGGAGCCAAACACAGAGUACACUGUCACUGUGGUGCCCGUCUACCCAGAGAUGGAGGGGAAGCCCCAGUCUGAAAAUGGGAAGACAAAUCCUUUGGGUGGAGUGAAGAACUUGCAGGUGAUCGACCCAACAAUCAGCACGCUGACGGUCCGCUGGGAUCCAGCGGUGGGGAAUGUCCGAAGCUACAAAGUUUUCUACGCUGCCCAGCCAGGAGGAGAAGAACGAAUGGAGGAGGUGUCAGGCGGCACCACCACCACCAUCCUGAGGAACCUGGACGCCGACACUCUCUACAACGUGUCUGUUGUUCCCGUGUACCCAGAUGUGGAGGGCAUAAGGCAGGCUGAGAAGGGAAAGACAAAGCCUCUGGGUGGAGUGAAGAAUCUCCAGGUGACUGACCCCACUAUUAACUCCCUGAGGGUUCGCUGGGAGCCGGCCCAGGGCGACGUCAGGCAGUACCAAAUCAUCUACGUCCCCGCUGCUGGAGGAACCGACAGCAUGACCCAGGUGUCUGGGAUGACGACCAACACUGUGCUGAGAGAACUGCGUCCUGACACCGAGUACAAAGUGACAGUGGUGCCCAUCUACUCUGACGCGGAGGGAAAACGCAUGUCGGAAAACGGAAAGACAAAGGCUCUGGGUGGAGUGAAGAAUCUCCAGGUCACUGAUCCCACCACCAGCUCCCUCAAGGUGCGCUGGGAGCCGGCGGAGGGCAACGUCCGCCAGUACCGCAUCUUUUACGUCCCUGCAUCUGGAGGCGCUGAGGACAUGGAGCAGGUAUCAGGCGGCACCACCAACACCAUCCUCAGGAACCUGCUGUCAAACACUCCCUACACUGUGACCGUGGUUCCAGUUUAUCCAGAGGGAGAUGGUCUGCGCAAGUCAGACAAGGGAAAGACACUCCCACGAAUGCCACCCAAGAACAUCCAGGUGUACAACCCCACCCCCAACAGCCUGAACACACGCUGGGAACCUGCUUCAGGCCAGGUUCAGCAGUACCGGGUGGCUUAUGCCCCCCUGAGCGGUGUCAGGCCCACUGAGUCGGUCCUGGUUCCAGGGAAUACUAACAACGCCUUCUUGGACAACCUGAUCCCAGAUACUCCGUACUCUAUCAGUGUCACUGCUCUGUACGCUGACGGCGAAGGAUCCCAAGUGAAGGGCAAUGGCAAGACAUUGCCCCGUGCUGGUCCCAGGAACAUGCGAGUGUAUGAUGCCACCACCAGCACCCUGACCAUCGGCUGGGACCACGCCGAGGGACCCGUGAGGCAGUACAGGAUCCUUUACGCUCCCAUGACUGGAGACCCCAUCACAGAGUUUACUGUGGGUCCAGGAAACAGAAACAAUGCCAGGCUGCAAAAUCUGCUCCCAGACACCCCGUACAACAUCACAGUGGAGGCCAUCUACGCCGAGGGGCCUGGAGGGUCGCUUAACGGAAACGGACGCACACUCGGCAUGUCGAGCCCCAGAAACCUACGUGUCUCCGAUGAGUGGUACACCAGAUUCAGGGUGGCCUGGGAGCCAGUACUUGCUCCCGUCCAGGGAUACAGGCUGAUCUACUCCCCUGCAGGGACAAACCAGCCCAUUGAUUUCUUCGUGGGCGACGUGACUUCAUACACUCUGCACAACCUGCAGCCUGGAACCACCUACGAUGUGAAAGUGCUGGCUCAGUACACCACCGGCAUCAGUGCUCCACUCGCCGGACAGGGAACAACACUUUACCUGAACGUCACCAACAUCGAGACCUACAACGUUGACCAUGACAAGUUCUGCAUCAAAUGGACUGCUCACAGAGCUGCCACAUCAUACCGCAUUAAACUCAACCCAGCGGAUCCUUCCAGCAAAGGCCAGCAUGAAAUCACCAUCCCUGCUGGCCUGCCUCAGUACUGCUUUGACGGACUCUCCCCCGAUGCUCUCUACACCGCCACCGUCUUUGUUCAGACCCCAAAUCUGGAAGGUCCAGGAGUCAGCACCAGUGAGAGAACCUUGGUGAAACCAACUCCAGUUCCAACACUGCCACCAACCCCAACACCGCCACCCACCAUCCCCCCUGCAUGGGCAGUUUGCAAAGGUGCCAAAGCAGAUGUGGUGUUCCUCAUCGACGGCUCGUGGAGUAUCGGCGAGGAGAGCUUCACCAAAGUCGUGCAUUUCGUUUCCGGCAUGAUCGGUGCUUUUGACGUCGUUGGACCCUCUGGGAUGCAGGUGUCGUUCGUGCAGUACAGUGACGACGCAAAGACCGAGUUCAAGCUGAACGCUUACCAAGACAAAGGUGUCGCCAUGGCCUCGCUUUAUCACAUCCGCUACAGAGGAGGAAACACCAAGACAGGAGUGGCGCUGAAGCACACAAAUGAGAAGGCCUUUUCUAUUGAAAACGGGAUGAGGAGGAACGUCCCCAAGGUGGUUGUAGCGAUCACUGACGGACGCUCUCAGGACGAGGUGAAGAAGAAUGCCGCCAAACUGCAGCAUGCAGGUUACAGCGUUUUUGCCAUCGGUGUUGCUGAUGUGGAUUUCGUCGAGCUGCAGGAGAUCGGCAGCAAACCCAGCGAUAGACACGUCUUCGUCGUGGACGACUUCGACGCUUUCGACACCAUCAAAGAAAACCUGAUUACCUUCAUCUGUGAAACCGCAACUUCUUCGUGUCCCUUGAUUUUCCUGAACGGGUUUACUUCACCUGGCUUCAGGAUGCUCGAGGCUUUCAACCUGACAGAGAAAACCUACAGUUACACCAAAGGCGUCUCCAUGGAGCCCGGCUCCUUCAACAGCUACACCGCAUACAGGCUUCACAAGAACGCCUACCUGACUCAGCCCACUACAGAGAUCCACCCUGACGGUCUUCCCCAUGCCUACACCAUCAUCAUGAUGUUCCGCCUCCUUCCCGACACGCCCACCCAGGCCUUCGACAUCUGGCAGGUGUCAACCAAAGAUCACAAGCCAGAGACCGGCGUCACUAUUGACCCCUCCAGCCAGACUGUGUCCUUCUACAACAAAGACGAACGUGGCGAGAUCCAGAGAGUCACAUUUGACAACAGUGAAGUGAAGAAGAUGUUCCACGGAAGCUUCCAUAAGCUCCAUAUCCUGGUUUCAUCCACCAGCGUCAAGCUCAACAUCGAUUGCCAAGAAGUGGCUGAGAAAGAGAUCAAGGCCGCUGGAAACACAUCCAGCGAUGGCUACCAGGUUCUGGGCAAGAUGUCCAAAUCCAUCGGCUCCAAAGGAGAAUCAGCAACUUUCCAGCUCCAGAUGUUCGACAUCGUCUGCAGCUUGGCCUGGACCAGCAGGGACAGAUGUUGUGACCUCCCAUCAAUGCGAGAUGAGCUGAAGUGUCCUUCUCUUCCCAACGCCUGUACCUGCACCUCAGAGGGCACCGGGCAGCAAGGACCUCAGGGACCAGUGGGCGCACCUGGCAGCAAAGGUCCCCGAGGCGAAAGAGGAGAGGCCGGUCCUGCUGGACCAAUGGGGCCACGAGGAGAUGUCGGACCGACUGGGCCCAUGGGUCUGCCCGGACCUCAAGGACCGAGCGGGAUGUCCAUUCCAGGAGAGGCUGGCCGUCCUGGACCAAAGGGAGACCCCGGUGACUCUGGCUUACCUGGACAGAAAGGUUUACCGGGUCCUCCUGGUGCUGUCGGCCCCAUCGGAGCAGUAGGAGUAAGGGGACCCGUAGGAAAGGAAGGACCAGCUGGACCCAGAGGCCCUGCAGGGCCCAUGGGACCUCCAGGAUCUCCUGGAAUACCAGGUGCUGCAGGAAAACCAGGAAAUCCUGGAGACUCCGGAGCUCCUGGUGCUUUAGGUCCCAAGGGAGACAAGGGAGAGAGAGGCGACUUUGCUCCUCAGAACAUGAUGCGAUCCAUCGCCAGACAAGUGUGCGUGCAGUUAGUCAAUGAACAAAUGACUCGUGUCAACACAUUACUGAACCAGAUCCCCAACGGCAUGUACCGCAGCGCUAACCCGGGUCCUCCAGGGCCUCCCGGACCUUCUGGCAGGCAGGGACCCCGUGGAGAGCCAGGCGCCGCAGGAAGGAACGGUUUCCCCGGAAGUCCUGGAUUACCAGGCCAGCAGGGAGAGAGAGGCCCCGCAGGAGAGAAAGGUGAUCGAGGAACUUCAGGAGUCGGACAGAAAGGACCAAGGGGGCCAGCAGGUCCACCAGGAGAAAGCAGAACAGGAGCUCCAGGACCAUCAGGCUCUGCUGGACCUCGUGGUCCACCUGGACGUCCAGGCUACGCUGGAAUCCGCGGGCCUCCAGGACCUGCUGGAUAUUGCGACUCUUCUCAGUGUGUUGGUAUUCCUUACAACGGGCAAGGAUACGUAGGUUCACCAUAGUAGACUUGUUAUGCCACCUGUGCUGCUUUCACUGACUUCCUGAAAAAAAACAAAAGUCCUGUAACUGAAACACUUGCUCACACACUCUAGAGCUGUUUAAGGGAUAACCGCCAAAGGAAACAAUUAACAAACUGUGCUGAAAAACAACAACAACAAAGAGGGAACCAGUACUAACAACGACUCACAGCCAGUAGAACAAAACAGCACCAGCAGCAGCGGUGAUGGCACCGACCUGUUUAGUGGCCUGUUUGCAUCUUGAAGCCAAAGACCAAACAAAGAAACCUUCAGUUGAGUGGAGGAGCAUGCACCAAACGACAACAACAAACAACCCAAACAAAUACUAACAAAGGUGGAUUUGUAGCAGAGAAACCAGUGCAGCCACUGCAGCAUCACCAGCAACAACAGCAGCAGCAGCAACAUCAACCCUGUUAACAGCAUUUCUCUUCAUGUGACAUGUAAAUAAACUAAUGUGUGCCUUGUAAAUGAUGUUUGAAUCCAGUCCACUAAAUCCACUCUUUAACAUCUGUAGUUUUAAAGCUUGUGCCUUGCAAAAAACAACCUGCUGCUUGCUGAAUGCCAAAAAAAACGCCAUUUUUAUUCUUUUUUUAUUUUCCUGCCCAUGUGUCUGUAGCUGUUUUAAACUGCUCAGGGCCAUACUGAACCACUUCUGCACAUGUGACCCUGGAAGUUUAGAUUCACCACUUCAUGUUAAAAAACAAUUUGCUUUUCCUUUUUCAUUGGUUUUAUUUUACGUUGCUCUCCAAACCACCUAUGCGGUCUCUGUAUGGUAUAAAAUGCUCACAAUGCAAACCCAAAGAAGUCUCUAGUCUGAUGGUAGAAGAACUCGUACUUGAUUUUUAUGUAGAAAUGUUUUGUUGUAAUUUGUGAAUGAUUUGUGGAGAAAUGGCAGUGUUGGUAAUGCUUUUGUGAUAAAGUCACCUGUAAUCAGACUAACACCUGGACUUCUAACAUCAGCAUAAAGGGAGGAUAUUAAUGUACUGAAAUGUUACCAGGGGUGUGUCCAAGGGGGCCUUGGGUGACCUGAUCCCACAUUCACUAAAUCUGAUGGUUGAUUGGUUUGCAUUUGUGGCUUUGACGCUGUCUCAACCAGUAACAGUCCAUACAAGGCAUGCUUGAGAAAUUCUGUAAAUUAAAGAUUUAAUUUUGGAAAUAUCUCAUCACAAACUGUUUAGUAGAAUGGUAACAGAGGAAGUUUGUCCAGUUAUAUAUAUAUAUACAUACAUUCUUGUAAUUAAGAAAUGAGCCCAAAAACAGUACACCUUCCCUGUUGAGAAGCAGGAAUCAGGGAAAUCUAUAUAUAUUUUUGUUGUAAAAAAAAAAAAACUUGAACAUUUAAUUGAUUAAUUUGAUCAAAACCUUAGAUCGACUCAUCACUUUAAGUGUAACUGACAUCACGAGUGUCACACCUUCUUUUUAAAUGUAAAAUAUUGAAUUUAAAGCUGUAGUGUGGAACUUUUACACUAUAAAUAAUUGAUCCCUUGCAUUAAAACCAAGCAAGUAAACACAAUACUAAUUAAUUCUUUUGACUCCAGAUAAAUCCCCUACUUUCUCCUGGGACAGGUGUAGCCUAGUCAGCUAUCAGCAGGACUAGUUUCUUUAGUGUUCCAAUGUGCCCUCAAACCUAAAAAUUUUUGAUUCUUUCACAAAGUUUACUUCUCAUCCAUGAGGCUUCCUUAGAUGUAACUGACUGAUGGGGAGUCCCUGGUACUUAUUCUAAACUCCAAUGCACAAUACCCACUGCUCUUUAACAACCCAAAACAUACGUGCCUCAAGAUGUGAGUGGUUGUCAAACUGCCACAUGAAGAAUGUCUCAAAAUGUUAAUGUUGGUUUAACUGUCUAGGGAGGGAUCCCAGGACUGUGACAGAGUUACCCGAUAAGUGGUGCAAUAGAUCCCAUGGUGCUAUAAAGGCAUCUGAGUCUUGAGUUGGCACUUGGCCAUGAGCCUUAAGAGUUGGAAGUUACAAUACAUGAGACUCCCCACCAGUCAGUCAGAACUGAGAAAGACUCUUAGACAGGAGAUGAUUGAUUGAUUGAUUGAUUGAUUGAUUGAUUGAUUGAUUGAUUGAUUGAUUGAUUGAUUGAUUGACUGAUUGAUUUAGACUUCAAGUCAAAAAAGAGAAUUCUGGGGGUCUUUUGUUGAGGAACUUUGAUGAUUGAGAUUCUAUACAGACUUUAUUUUGUGUUAAUUUUUUUCCCUUUUAGAUUUAGAUAUUGUUAAAACAAAUUAAACUCUUAUGGAGCAUCAAAACUGACAGAAAAAAUGACUAAAUUAGCUGUAGCUUAGACGACCAGUUGGCCUUAAAUAGCCUGAUUGCAACUGAGCAGUGUGUUUUGUAGUUCUUGUGAAAUUCUCUUUUUUUUCCCACCAAUUAUUUUUCAAGCAACAUAAGAUGUGAAAAAAUCCAUCUAGCCACAUAUAUAGUUGCUGCGAUUGGCUUUUUGCGGCUGUUCCGACCACAAAUGCUACCACUUCAAAUUACGAGUGAUGCCCGUUUAGGCAAAAAGAAGUAUAAAUUGGACUGUACCACCUGCUGUGUCACACAAGCCACCCCCUCAGAAACCCCGUGGCCACGCCCCUGCUGAUUACUAAUCCCCUGUGUCGGUGCUUGAGCUAGCAGCCAGACAGAAACAUCACACUAACCAGUUCUUCUUGUGCAUGCUGAGACAAUUUUAGAGGAAACUCAUGCUCAACUGGCCCAAACACUAUCUCCGAGCAGGCCGAUACCCACCUGAACCUGACACCCGAGUAGUCCCUGUCCCCGAGGAGGAGGUGUCGCAAAACCAGCGUCGAAAGAGAUCACUAUCAAGAAAGGAAUCCAACAGGUCAACAUAAGACAAGCCGUGCCCUCUUUUUCUGUUUUUUUCUUGUUCAUCCUGUGUUUGUUGUUGGAAUUAUACACAAAAAAUGGGGUUUGACACCUCAGAUUUAUUGGAAAAUACCUUUAAAUGCCUUUAAAUGUAUGUGAAUAUUCCUUUUUGUGGCAGGUGAAGGGUUUGGACGGACGGACAGAGGGAGGGAGGGAGUUUAAGGUGGAUUGUUAGGCAAAAUUUGGAAAGUGGAAGAAAAAAAAUCAUGAAAACCUGUGAGCUUUCCUUCACCACUUAUGUUUUUUGCUUGUAACAUAUUUGCACCGACUUUGUAUUGACCAGCAGUGUUGACCAGUGCACUCAUUGUAACAAAGCUAGCGAUGGUAGCGCAGGAAAGAAAUGUUCACAAUUUCAGGACAUCAGAUGAGAAAAGAGAUUUCUUCUGUCACAGUUGACCCAGUAUGUUCAAUAUAACCCUUCUCAUUCAGUUCAGUGUUGUCGGCUCAGUUUCAUUAUCGCAGUUAAACACCGCUUUCAUUUUGUAUCUCUAGAUUUGAUAUUUAUCGGUUUUCCUUUAUUCCGUCACAGCUAAUUUUACCAUCGGUGGAAUUGCAUGUCUGUGGUGUAUAUUUAGUACAUGUUUUGUUACAUUUCAUUUUGUUUUAACCAGAAUAUAGUUGUUGUCAUUCCUGUCAUUUUCUCAGUAUCGAAUGCAGUGGAAGCCUGCCUGCAACACUAUGGAAAUGGUAUUGCUGCUUCAUGUUUAAACUGCAGAUUGUGAAUUCCACAGCCUUAUUUUCUUAUUUAUUUCUGAGAACAGAAGAGGCAUUUUUCAAUAAAACUACUGAAAAUCUA